CCACAGUCAGAGCUGGUCAGAGCUGAGUAUGCACCACUCACUGGCCUAAAACUGAGAAAAAAAACAGCUUUUACUCAACUAGACGACGCUUAAAUCACCUUCAGCAGCUCAUUUCAGUUCACUAACCAGAGCUGUAAGACGCUGAUUUGACUCUUAGAGAGGCUAAGAAGAGAGAUUAGUGAGACAGGAGGGCGUGACAGGGAGCCAGCCGAGCAGGCAAGCUGCUGCUGCAAGGGGAGGAAGAGCAGGCUAUGCAUCGGCGAAAGCCAGAGGUCAAGAAAAAAAGUGAAAGAAUAGUAAAAAGGUAGACUCUGAGGGAGGAGGGUCAUUUGUGAUCUGAGCCAGAAAACCUGAAACCAGCCUCUCUUUGUUGUUGUUGUGUGGGCCACCGGGCAGGGAUGUGAAGAAGAGCGGCAGGGAGGAAGGGAGGCGUCUGCAAGAAAGACAAGAAUAUGCUAUCUGAGAUGAUGUGCAGGAGACACUGCCAGCAACAGCUGCAUCAGCAGCAAGAUGGACAAGAGGCUCCGCAGAGGGACCCAUCCAGCCGCAGGAAACACGGCUGGACCAAGAGCUGCAGGGGGCGCCUGCAGGGGCGGAGGACAGGAGGGGGAGGGUGGCCGAGAGGGCGCAAUCACCACCACCAGCACCCUCAGCGUCAUCAUCCUCAUUACAAUCAUCCCCGACAUUUUGAGAGGCCGAUGAUGUCCCUUCGGCCCGUCAACGUCAAAGGAAACAGAGCGAGGGGGAUGCGGGCCCCCAAGAACACCAACCAGUUUCUAAUGCACGAGAAGUAUCAGAUGCUACACAUGCGCUCCGACUCAGUGGGGAGCGACAGUGGCAUGAGCUCAGACAGUGACGUGGAGCUCACAGACAUGGACUCGUACCUGGGCGUCCUGGAGAAUGCAAGAGGAGCCCUCUUGGACAGUCCCAACCCACAUGGCUCAACAACGCCACCAGGACAGAUCCUGGUACUGCACGAGGACAGUUUGCAUCUGCACGAGGACAACCUGUGCUUGCAGCGGGACAAUCUGCGUUUGCAGGAGGACAGCAUGCAGUAUUUCCCCUCUGAAGACGACCUGAUUCAGAGCCAGAAUUUCAUGCAGAGGGACUUUGUUGAGUUCUGUGACAUCCUGACACCCUAAGGGGAAACUUUGAGGGGGCCAUUUUGUUCCCAGCAGAGUGAAACCUCAGACUGAACGGGGUCAGGUUUGUUCUGCUUCAUGUUCACAGACUUUUUUAUAUUAAAAAAAAAAUCUCCAUCUUAUCGAGUCAUUUAGCCUUAACGUGUUAAGAAUCUGCUUGCAGGGUAAGAUGAUUCCACUAGUUUCCAGCAGAAAUCAACUUUUUAAAAAUGUUUUUUAAAUCAAGUUUAAUUCUUAUAAUACCCGUGCAGUUAUCUGCCUUAGUAAAUCUUUUUUAAGAUGCUGAAAUGAAGUGAAAUGAUCUCACCCUGUUGGCAUUUUUCUAGGUUUAAGAAAAAAAACAACUGAAUGCAAGAUUAAAUGACAUUAAGACGGAUGUUUUUUACAGAUCUUGUUUGAAUCACGUUUGGUUCAUGUACAGUGUUGUGUCUGGGUGCUGUAAAGUGUUGCCUUUCUGUUGUUGCUGUUGCACACAAAGGGAGAAGGGUUGGGUGGUGGGAGUGAGACCAAACAGCCAAUUGGCAUCAAGCUGGCUGGAUCAGCCUGCAGAUGAUUGGCUGAUGCAGACUCACAUCAACAAAAACUCCCUUUACUGUACAUUAAAAAAGAAAAGAAAAAACAACAAAUAAAUAUCUUAUUGAUGUAACAUGA